CCAGCAGCACAUCACAACACAGCAGCACAGCACAUCAGCGAGGGCGAAAAGGAAUUUUGUUCAAUUCAAACCCGGGCCUCUGCCUCUGCCCCGCUCCAUCAUAAAAAGACCACACCACUACUCACGGAGCCAACGCUCCAUCGCAAGCCAUUUCCAUUCCCUUCCUUGAGAAACAGAGAAUAGUUCUCGAGAGCUGAGAGGCAGCAGAGAGAAGAAGCUGCCAUGGCUUCCAUGACUCAGCCCAUGCCGUAUUACCCCACCACCAACCCCAUCAUGCACGCGCAGCCGGCCACCACGUCCAGGGGCUCCUUCGCGCCGGUGUUCACCGUGCUGGGCGUCAUCUCCUUCCUCGCCGUCGUCGCCUGCGUCGCGGGGCGGCUGUGCGGCCGCCGGCUCUCCAAGAAGAAGGCCUACGCCGACCAGCACUACUACGGCACCAACGCGGUCGGCGGCGACCUGGAGAAGGGCUUCGAGGUCAAGUACCCGCCGAUGAAGCCCAUGCCAAGCUCCCGCGCGGUGGUCCAUGACAUGGACGACGGCUUCGAGAUCAAGUUCGCGCCGGAGAAGCCCGCGGCGUGGAAGACCGACGCCAAGGCCAACAACAGAGGGCGCCAGCAGCAGCAGCAGCACCACCACCACCAGGCCGGUAUUCCGAAGGAGUACGCCGGUUUCAGGUACCCCGCGGCUGCCAACGGCGCCGUCAGGCAAGGGCAAGUAAGGGGCGGAACAUUCGUCUCCGCAAAGCCCGGUUCAUGAUCAUCACAGUAGCUUAGGUUCACAACUUGAUGUAUCUCAUCAUAUGAUAAGAGUGUCUGCUAGGCAAUUUGCUAGGCAUCCAUGAUCCAUCGGCGAUCAUAGCGUUUUCGUUCUUCACUCUAGUUUUGGGGCGCGCUCUGCAAAGUUUGUACUAGUUCCCAGUCACUUCCAGAUAGUAUUUUGUACAUUAAACCCAUCAAGCAGUGAAGAACAUCCCAUUCUCAAAGUAACCA